UUUAUCACAUCUCCGCAUCUAACCCUAAAGUGUCUGGAAGUGGUUCAGCCGGGCUCCGUGUUUACUCAGAGGCUGCAGAGCUGCUCCUGCACUGUGGACUUUACGCACAGGGACUUGUUUCGCUGCUGAUGCUGGGGAGAUAAAAAAACAAACCUUUAUCUCCCAUCUCCUCUUAUCGCCAUCUCCUCUUUUCUUCUUCCCCUCUUCGUAACUGAGUCGACACCGGUGGCUUAUCGGACGCGCUGGAUGGCUGCUGCACUCAGCGAACCGGCGUGAAUCUUUCUACCAUCAUCACUUUUCUCUGCCUCUGAGCCUGAAAACAAACCAGCAACUACAGCAACAAUGACAGACCCGGCGACCCAGGAGUCCUACCCCGUCCCAGACCCGACCAUCGUGGAUCCUAGCCCGGCCCCAGUGCGGAACGGCCAGUGCGCCCCGGAUGGCUUAACUAACAACCACCACCAGCAAGCCAAAACUCCCACCCAGCCCGAGGCGCUGAACACGGGCCAGGAGAUGAAAAUCACAGACAGCGUGGAGGGAGAAGCAGGUCUUCUGGAGAGCAGCAUGCGGCUGAAACCUCAUGAAGCCCAAAGCUACAGGAAGAAGGCUCUUUGGGUGUCCUGGGUCUCCAUCGUGGUCACUCUCAUACUGGCUGUGGCAGCAUUCACUGUAUCAUUCAUGAGACACAGCGCGUCAGCCUUUGGAUUUGCUUUUGAUGCCACGCUGGACGUCAUGUCAUCAUUCAUUGUCAUCUGGCGCUACAGCAAUGCAGCAGCUGUGCACUCAGCACACAGAGAGUAUAUCGCAUGUGUAGUCCUUGGGAUUGUCUUCGUUCUCUCCUCCAUGGUCAUCCUGGGAAAGGCCAUCCAUAAUUUGGCGACAGGGAUGCCGCCAGAAGUGGAUGACUUCCUGUACAGUGUGUCUAUAGUGAGCGGGUUCACGUGUUCUCUGCUGGCUGUGGCCAAGUUCUGGCUGGGGAGAGUGCUAACUAGCCGAGCGCUCAUCACUGACGGGUUUAACUCUCUGGUUGGCGCCAUCAUGGGAUUUUCCAUUCUGAUCAGUGCUGAAGUCUUCAAGCAUGAUACCGACGUCUGGUUUCUGGAUGGGAUCAUUGGAGUUCUAAUUGGACUGACCAUUUUGGCAUACGGCUUCAAACUCCUGAAAGAUAUGGUGCCCCGUGUGAGGCAGACGAGGAACUACGAACGUUUUGAAUGAGAGACUCAAAGGGGGUUUAAACACACAUCCACACACCUGGCUGCCUCCUACUAUCUGCCCUACUCUCUCUGUCUUUCAUGCACCCUUAAAUAUACAUUUCACCUACAACUGCAGUACAUACAGACACGAAAUGCUGACGUUCCUCUACAUUUACAUGUGCUGUAUAUACUGUACAUAGUACAUGCAUACACUCAGACAAAGGCAAACCGAAACACACAGAGACUCUGAGGGGAAAGAGCAUGAAUGAAGACCACUUCUCAGAAAGAGAGUAUUCUCACAUCUUGUUUAUGAACCCAACGUUUAAAAAAAUUAACCCAGAAUAAGGAAAAGAAUGAGCACUGAGAUGCUUGUCAGCCAAAAAAGCUGCUUUAAUUUCAUCCAAGACAUAGAGUAGUUGCUUUUAAGAUUACACCAUUUUAUACAGUUUUACAGAGCAAGAGAGUGCAGGAAAUUGACCUGUCCAUGCGCUUUUAUAGAGACAGGACUUAAUGGGUGACAGUAAAAAAACGAAUGUAUGGUGUAUAUUUACUGUAAAAUCUGGAAUACAAGUCACAUCAGUAUAUAAGGCACAAUGUUCCCCAGAGAGAAAAAAGUUUCAACUGGCUCCAGCAUGAAUAUUUCCCAAAUUAGUAUCAUGUGAAGAGCUGUUUAAGAAACUGAAAGAUUGGCUCUUACUACUGAGCUGAGUAAAAUAAUCUGGAUCUCUAAAAAGAACAGCAAUGUGUCCUUCCAAAUGAGCACAUGGAUAUAAAUACAGCCAGGCUUUUGUGUGAUCAUUCCUCUUGAUUACCCCUUUUUUAUCACUCAGUCAUGGUCAAUAUAAUUUGACCAAUUUGAUAUAAUACUCCCCCCAUCCAGUCAGUAUUUAGUCAGUGUCAGGUUGCACAGGUACCAGGCCUGAACAAUCCUUUUCAAGUCCAGCUACAAAUUCUCUAUUGGAUUGAGAUCUGAGCUUUGUCUCGGCCACUCCAGAACAUUCACCUUAUCGUCUUUAAACCAUUACUGUAUAGCUUUCACUGUAUGCAUCAGGUCAUGAUCUUGCUGGAAACUGAAUCUUCUCCCAAGCCGUAGUUCUCUUGCAGACUUGAUAAGAUUGCCCUCCAGAAUUUUUCUAUAUUUUGCU